GCCCUGCUCCGCCCCCGGGGAGAGGGCCCGGCCGGGAGCAGGCGCCCGCAGCCGAGCUGCCGGAGGGCUAGAGGAGGAGCGCGCGGCCGAGUCCGGGCGCAGCAUGACUGCCAUCGCCGUGCAGGCCCAGAGGCUGCUGGCCCAGAGGAGGCCCCAGCGGCCCUUCUUGGAAUCCUUCAUCCGGGCCCUCAUCAUUGUGUGUGCUGCCCUGGCCUUGGUCCUCUCCUCCAUCUCCAUCUGUGAUGGCCACUGGCUGCUGGCUGAGGACCGCCUCUUCGGGCUCUGGCACUUCUGCACUUCGUCCAACCAGACAGGGACACACUGUCUCAGAGACCUGAGUCAGGCCCAUGUGCCUGGGCUGGCCGUGGGCAUGGUCCUGGCCCGCAGUGUGGGCGCCUUGGCCGUGGUGGCCGCCAUUUUGGGCCUAGAGCUCCUCAUGGUGUCCCAGGUGUGUGAGGACCUCCACUCACGGCGCAAGUGGGCCAUGGGUUCUGUCGUCCUCCUCAUUUCCUUCGUCCUCUCCUCCGGGGGGCUCCUGAGUUUCGUGAUCCUCCUCUGGAACCACGUCACGUUCACUGGCUUCACCCUGAUGUUCUGGUGCGAGUUCACGGCCUCCUUCCUCUUCUUUCUGAAUGCCAUCAGUGGCCUUCACAUCAACAGCAUCACCCAUCCCUGGGGCCAACCAAGGAAAUUGUAGGCCCCCCUCCCAAAUCCGAGGACAUCAGGUUCUACGAGAAAGUGUGGUCAAGAUGGGACGUUUCCAACACGUGACCUCUGGUGGGGGGGGAAGGGUGGGGCAAUGACCUUGAAACUGCUGCCUCUCAGCCAGUAACCUUUGGGUGGUUGGCCAGAUUCAGCCCAGCGGCCUCUGCAGCUGGCCUGCAGGGCCAGAGGCGAGGAGGGUGCUUCAGUGCCACCAGCUUAGCCCAGUUAUUAGGAUGUUGAUUUUAGGAGAAGUAACACGUUUUAAAACCCU